UAAUAAUUUUCUAAAAUGAGUAGGCCUACUUUUGUGACAUAUUAUGCGUUGCUCUAAAUACCUUUGUGUUGUGUACUAAAAUAACAUUUGGACUGGAUGACGUUUGUGUAAAAGUUUGUGCUGUGGUAUUGAUUGCCUACUUCAGCAAAGGUCCUACUAGAAAAAUGCUCCGCAUAUUCUGAAGCUGGUUUUGACGAGGAGCGCUUGAACGCACCAGUUCACAGCAGUUGUAUAGAGUCGCGUUGAGGAGCAGCGGGGACUGUCGUACAGUAAACAGAUGCAGACAGCCUGUCAUAUUUCAUUAAAAGGGUGGUCUGUAGUGACCGUAAGCAGUCUGGGCAGCUUCCUUCGCAAAUCCACAUGAUUUUGGAUCAUACUUUUUUUAGCGCACUGGACGGGAUAAAAUGUCCUACUUGUAACUUUUUUUUUUUUACAGACAAUGCCUUGCUAUAGCAAUUUUUUUUUGCUAUCCCACCUUUGCAGACUUUCCAGUCUUUCUUAAGUGCUGUCAUUAGUCUAGUGAGGACGCUUUAUUUCUGUGGUAACUGCAGCCAUGCAGCAGGAGCUUUUGUUCAAAGUCUUAGUCAUCGGAGACUUGGGAGUGGGAAAAACUUCCAUCAUCAAGCGGUACGUGCAUCAGAUCUUCUCCCAGCACUACAGAGCCACCAUCGGGGUGGACUUUGCCCUGAAGGUGCUUCAGUGGGACAAUGACACUGUGGUCCGUCUUCAGCUGUGGGACAUAGCAGGACAGGAGAGGUAUGGGAACAUGACUCGUGUUUAUUACCGUGAGGCUGUGGGGGCACUGAUGGUGUUCGACGUGACGAGGGCCUCAACGUUUGAGGCCGUGCUGAAGUGGAAAGAUGACUUGGACUCAAAGGUGACCCUGAACCAUGGGAGGCCAGUUCCAGCUGUACUCUUGGCCAAUAAGUCAGACCAGUUGGCUUACCAGACACCCAAGCUCGACUCUUUCUGCAGGGAGAACGGCUUUGUUGGCUGGUUUGAGACCUCUGCAAAGGAAAACAAAAACAUAGAGGAGGCAGUGUGCUGCUUAGUGGAGAACAUCCUGAACAAUGAAGAGUGCCCAAUAACAGAGCGAGACCCCGGCUCUCUCGUCCUGUCUGGCUUCACUAAGAGCAGGAAGGAAAAUUUCAACUGCUCAUCAUGUGUGAAAUGGUGACUCCCGACCAAUCACAGAGGAUAAGGAAGUGAACAGCUGAGCUUCCACAGCCAAAGAAUUCAGUUUGACUCAGGGACUGUUUGUAUAAUGCUGUUGUGUUCCCAUAAUGUCAAAAGUGUUAAGUAAAUAACGUAUUAAGUAUUUUGUUAGUUCAAUUCAGAUUUUUUAAAAUUCUUAAAUUGUUAAAAAUUGAAUGGAGAUAGGAAUUUAAUGUUAAGUCAACUUUAUAUUUUAUAUAUAAACAUUUAUUGUAGGUUCAAAUUUAGAUUUCAUAAAUGUUGAAAGGUUCUCAUAAGAUUUCUUUUGGCCUUAAGAAUUUACAAAAAAAUGCACAUAUUCUAUAUAGUAAUUCAUAUUUAAUGUAUGUAUAGACUUAUACUGUAUAAGCUAAUAUAUAUACAUUUUUGUUACUGUGCUUGCUUGCUUUGAACAUAUUUAAUAUUGUGCCUCAAACAUUUGUUUGUACAGACAACUCUUGACACUGGAACUUUUGUCUUCUGUAUUUAUGAACACACAAAAACAUAAAGCGUCGUUGCAUUCCUUCA